CCCGCGCACCCGGCGUACGCAUGCGCGCACGCGGCCAGUCGGGCUGGGCUGAGAGGGGAGGGGGCGGCGGCGGCUGGGGCGGCGUCGUUAUUUCCGCGGUCUGGACGGUUCGUGGCGGCGCGGGUGGCUACGGGAGAAGCAUUAUGGUCAUGAAAGCUUCUGUAGAAGAUGAUGAUUCGGGAUGGGAGCUCAGUAUACCAGAAAAGAUGGAAAAAAGCAAUACAAGCUGGGUGGACAUAACCCAAGAUUUUGAAGAAGCUUGUCGAGAAUUAAAAUUGGGAGAACUGCUUCAUGAUAAGCUAUUUGGUCUUUUUGAAGCCAUGUCUGCCAUUGAAAUGAUGGAUCCCAAGAUGGAUGCUGGCAUGAUUGGAAACCAAGUUAAUCGAAAAGUUCUCAAUUUUGAACAAGCUAUCAAGGAUGGCACCAUUAAAAUUAAAGACCUCACCUUGCCUGAAUUGAUAGGGAUAAUGGAUACUUGUUUUUGCUGUUUGAUAACAUGGUUAGAAGGCCAUUCCUUGGCACAGACAGUAUUUACGUGCCUUUACAUUCACAAUCCAGACUUUAUAGAAGAUCCUGCCAUGAAAGCUUUUGCUCUGGGAAUCCUGAAAAUCUGUGACAUUGCAAGGGAAAAAGUAAAUAAAGCUGCUGUUUUUGAAGAGGAAGAUUUUCAAUCAAUGACUUAUGGAUUUAAAAUGGCUAACAGUGUGACAGACCUUCGAGUUACAGGCAUGCUAAAAGAUGUGGAGGAUGACAUGCAAAGAAGAGUAAAGAGUACUCGAAGUCGGCAAGGAGAAGAAAGAGAUCCAGAAGUUGAACUAGAACACCAACAGUGUUUAGCUGUAUUCAGCAGAGUGAAAUUCACUCGAGUGUUACUGACAGUGCUUAUAGCCUUUACUAAGAAAGAGACCAGUGCUGUUGCAGAAGCUCAAAAAUUGAUGGUUCAAGCAGCAGAUCUUCUUUCUGCCAUUCAUAAUUCAUUGCAUCAUGGCAUCCAGGCUCAGAAUGAUACGACAAAAGGAGAUCAUCCAAUUAUGAUGGGUUUUGAGCCCCUUGUUAACCAGAGGCUACUUCCACCUACCUUCCCUCGAUAUGCAAAAAUAAUUAAAAGGGAAGAAAUGGUCAACUAUUUUGCAAGAUUAAUAGAUAGAAUAAAAACUGUUUGUGAGGUGGUCAAUUUAACAAAUUUACAUUGUAUCCUGGAUUUUUUCUGUGAAUUUAGUGAACAAUCACCUUGUGUUCUUUCAAGAUCUCUGUUGCAAACCACUUUCUUGGUGGAUAACAAAAAGGUCUUUGGAACCCAUCUCAUGCAAGACAUGGUGAAGGAUGCACUCCGGUCUUUUGUCAGUCCUCCGGUGCUCUCCCCAAAGUGCUGCCUGUAUAAUAAUCACCAGGCUAAGGACUGUAUUGACUCCUUUGUUACUCACUGUGUUCGGCCCUUCUGUAGUCUUAUUCAGAUCCAUGGACAUAAUAGGGCUCGACAGAGAGAUAAGCUUGGUCAUAUUCUUGAGGAAUUUGCUACCUUGCAAGAUGAGGCAGAGAAGGUUGAUGCAGCCCUUCACACUAUGCUGUUGAAACAGGAACCCCAAAGGCAACAUUUGGCCUGUUUAGGUACCUGGGUCCUUUAUCAUAACCUUCGAAUUAUGAUCCAGUAUCUUCUGAGUGGCUUUGAAUUGGAGCUCUACAGCAUGCAUGAGUACUACUACAUAUAUUGGUAUCUCUCAGAAUUCCUUUAUGCAUGGUUGAUGUCGACAUUAAGUCGUGCUGAUGGCUCUCAGAUGGCAGAGGAAAGGAUCAUGGAAGAGCAGCAGAAAGGCCGGAGCAGUAAAAAAACAAAAAAAAAGAAGAAAGUUCGCCCCUUGAGCCGAGAAAUUACAAUGAGCCAGGCAUAUCAGAACAUGUGUGCUGGGAUGUUUAAAACCAUGGUAGCAUUUGACAUGGAUGGCAAAGUACGAAAACCCAAGUUUGAGCUUGAUAGUGAACAAGUUCGAUAUGAGCACAGAUUUGCUCCAUUCAACAGCGUAAUGACUCCACCGCCAGUGCACUAUCUGCAGUUCAAGGAAAUGUCUGACCUCAAUAAAUACAGCCCUCCUCCUCAGUCUCCAGAACUGUAUGUGGCAGCUAGUAAGCACUUUCAGCAGGCAAAAAUGAUCCUGGAAAAUAUCCCAAACCCAGACCAUGAGGUCAAUAGAAUUUUAAAGGUUGCCAAACCCAACUUUGUGGUCAUGAAGUUAUUGGCAGGAGGACACAAAAAGGAAUCUAAGGUUCCUCCUGAAUUUGAUUUCUCUGCUCACAAAUACUUUCCUGUUGUAAAACUUGUUUGAGAGACAAUGAAAAGGGGACAUCAAGGGGCAGAAUCUACUUUCAGAUUCUAAGGGGAUUGAUCCAUCUGUCAGUCUCAGCACAUAACGUGAAGUGAAAUGGAUUUCUUGGAUAACAGCCUAUUAUAAGAGAUACUUUUAAUUUGACAGCCUUAUACGACGUGAAUGAAAACUGCUGUUUGAAAGUGGUUAUGUUCCAUGGAUGAAACUGGUCUUACUGAAUGCAGUGAUGAACGUUAUAUGGUUUUAUUACAGAUUUAAUCAUAAAUCAUUUUUUAUGAAUGAGUGAAAAUAGUGUUUGUAAAGGUUAAUAAAUUUCUUGACAAAAAAUGCACUACUGGAAAUGAAAAACAACAGCACUUUGAUGCAUGUUAAGAACUGAAGGUUUUUACUCUUGAGUAGUUCAAACAGAUUAUUCAAAAGUUUCAAAACAAGGGAUUGAUCAAACACUUGAACGGGGUUUUGGCAAAAUACACUUAAAAGGGAAUGGGCGGGGGGAACCUCUAAACUGUCUAGGGAGACUAAAUUACAUGGGGAUUGUGAUUUUGUGUGUGAUGUCUUAAACUCUAUACCUAUAAGAAUAUAGAAGUUUUUUAAAAACAUCCUUUAAUUGUUCAUAUUGGCACUUUGAAAACAUUCUGCUUAAUGUUUGCUGGUGACAUUAUUCGAGAGGUGGGAAUGUGUAGAUUGUUAACUUUUAGGGUUGGGUUUCAGUGUGGCAUACUUUUUGUUCACUACUAAAUUUUCAGUUUAACCCAUGCAAGGUUUUCAAGUGGGGAUCUUUCCAUUAUCUGCUGGCUUCCACCUGUACCUUUUAAGUGCCCAGUGCUAGAGGCCCUGCCUUCCUUUCCUGCUCAGUCCUCUUCCUGGCUCAUGCUGCCAGGGAUUUUUAUUCUGUAUUAGAUGGCUAAAGCCUUGGUUUGUAAGACUUGUUAUAUGAAGUUUAUGCAUAAAUUUAAAGGAAAUAUUUCAAGUCCUUUAACUUCCCCAGAGGUAUGUUUCACAGGCACACCAGUAAGGAUGGAAGCAUUUUACUUGAGCUUUUUCAGAAGUGCAUGGGAUGAUACCAACUUUGAGUAAUCCUUCAAUCUAUACAUUAUUGGAAUUUUAUAAGCCAGUUUUUAGGGACAGUGGCUCAGUACACUUUAAGUAUUGCUCUGUGCUGAGAAAUAGUACAUAAACAUUUAAAUACACAAUAAAGCUAUUUCCCCAACUUUGAUACUAAUGAACAUUUUCAGAGUCUAACAAUGUAAAAAAGAAAAAAACAGCCUACAAUUCAUGGAAUCUUUUUUAAUUUUUUGUAAAAUUCAGAGUCAAGUAUUAGAAGUUGUUGAGAAUUCUAUAAACUAUAGUUAUUUAUAAUAAUCUCUUAGUGGGAGUAGACCACGCCCUUGGGCCUUAAAGGCUCCUGAAUUCACACUUGUCUUGUACCACUCCAGGUUCUGCUGAGAAUAGAUAACCAGCCACUACCCAUUAAAACAAUCAUGCCAGUUACUGAUCUAGUUAUUUCAUGACCGCACACUGACUUAUUAACACAUAUUGGUUUAUUUCUCAAAUUCCAUCACACGAAAGUACAUUAAGUAUUUGCAGUGCUCUCAUUACUCAAGAAGUCUGAGUAUUGUGCAGGGAAUCUGCAGUCCCAUCUGCAGAAGAAAAGUUGAGUCAUCCCAUUCCUGUCUACAUACCAUUUGAGAAUACAGAGAAAGUGUAAAUUAAAGAGCUCACACCUAUUAAAAAUUGGAAUAGGUGCUGAUUAAAAAGACCAAAGUAGGGGUUUUUACGUAUUUAUAUGACACAGGUUUUUGUUUUGCUUUUU